GUCUGUUGCCAUGACGACGGCAAGGGGUUUGGUAGCGUUGCCGUGCGCUGUGUGAUCUGCGCGCUGCGUGUAUGGAGGAAGCAGCUGCUGAUCUGAUCUCUGACAUUGUGUGAGACAGACAUCUGAAUAAACUGCGCACAGACGUGUCUUUAAACAUACCGCACCGAGGCACGCCGUGCAUGAUUACCUCUUUGAUUUAAUGGGUCCAAUCAUUGGGAUGUCACCAGAUAAGAAAACGGAAAUUCCGGGUAUGCAAGAGGAGCGGACAGGGCUCAAAGGUGUUUGUGGUGUGGGGACACUGCCUGAGGCGGAGUGUGCGUCCAGUCCGCUGGCGACCAGUGUGGAUCGUACUGGAGGUACUGAGGAUGAGGAGCUCACUAACCUCAACUGGCUGCAUGAGAACCUGCUUCAGAACUUCACUUUGGGAGGUCCGGAAGCUCAGCCCAGCGGCAGUCCCCUCUUUGACAUAGAAGGAGACUACGGGUCCAGCCAGGGCCCAUCGUCGUCCUCCUCGUCUUCGCCACACAGCCGAGGCAGGGAGCGGGACUCCUUGAAGUCUAAGCCCCCUUUCUCCUUUUCUCUCCUCAUCUACAUGGCCAUUGAGCAGUCUCCCAGCAAAUCUUUGCCCGUUAAAGAAAUCUAUGGCUGGAUUCUGGAGCACUUCCCUUACUUCUCCAAUGCUCCCACUGGCUGGAAGAACUCAGUUCGUCACAACUUGUCCCUGAACAAAUGCUUCCGCAAGGUCGAGAGGAGUUUGGGAAAGACCAAUGGAAAAGGUUCUCUUUGGUGUGUUGACCCGGAGUACCGCCCCAACCUGAUCCAAGCCCUUAAGAAGCAGCACUUCCCUGCCGCACAUGCCUUCUGCACACCACCCGCCUCCCCACCCAGUGCCUCCUCACCCCCUCGCCAUCUCUUUCUACAAGGCUGCUCAUUCAAAGAGUCUGACAUUGAUGCUGCCACUGCCAUGAUGCUCUUAAACUCUGCCCCUGGGCACCACGUUGACCCAUGCAAUUCUGACAGCCCGCUGGACCUCUCCCGACCCGACUCGGUCCUGGUGAGCAGUGAUCCAAAGCAGGACCACAACUACAGCAGCGUAGCCCUGCAGCGCUGCUCCUCCCGCUCCUCCUCUUCGUCUCUUUCCUCCCUGGACGAAGGAGGCUGCGACCGCAGGCAGUCCCACCGCGCCGGCAGCGAGGGCUUCCACAGUGACGAGGACUCCGACCUCUGGGACGAGAGGGGCGUCCACCAGACGACGUCUCGACGUCCGCCCGCCAUCAAGUGGCCCGCCGGUAAGAGGGCACGACGCGAGGUGAAGCCAGAGCUGGAUGAAGAGCUAAAGGAAGCCGCUGGCUCCUUGCUGCACCUCGCUGGUAUACGCAGCUGCACAGAGGGCUCCAAACGCACUGUCAAGAGCACAAAACUUAACAGGAAAUGAAGAUUAUUUUUGCC